AUUCUGCUUCAUAGAAUACAAUAAACAGCGCAUAGAAAAACAACCCCGUAACUAAAUGGAAUGGGACCUUUUAAAAAGGAACUGGACAGACUGGUUUUCCGCAGGAGGUACCGUAACAGUUAACAGGCAGUCGCUCAGCUGGUUGUACUUGCAGCGGGUUGUUCUGCAGGUGAAUGAAUUCAGGAAAACCAGGAAACAGUCAAAGUUAAAUGCUGGGCAUAUAUGCGGGCAAUCAGUUCACUGAGCAUAGGCCAGGGUUAAGGUGCUAAGUUGCUUUCGAAACACUAGUAUCACAUAGUCACUGCAGCUGGGACAAGAUGGAUGAAAACUUAAGCUUUAGUGAUACUUAAGGCAGUCGGUGCGCACCUUCGGGGUCACGUCAUGUGACCCGAAUUAUCGUGUUCAGAUGAGAAAAUCCAGGUUUAUUAGUUAGUGAUGGAAAUGCCCCAGUACUGCUUGAUCUGCAUCCGUAGAGUUUGCCCGUGUUUGAUCAAACCUCCGCCGGACGCCGAACCGCCUGCUCAGAAGAUCGAACCGUCUGCGCCGAUCCUCACCCGGCCGCUGCCCCCCUUGCCGGAGGGUCACCGCUACUAUGUCGCCCUGUACGACUAUACAGCCCGCACGGACGACGACCUGAGCGUCAGGGCCGGCGACAAGCUGGAAGUGCUUUAUAAAUACACGGAGGAGUGGUGGAUCGUCAAGGCGCUGACCGGCAUAUCGGCCAAUAAGCAGGGAUACGUGCCGUCAAAUUACGUGGCGCCCCAAGAAAGUCUAGAUGCGGAGCCGUGGUAUUUUCCGGAUACCAAGAGGGCAGAUUCAGAGAAGUUGCUACUGUGUGACGGAAAUGUUCAUGGCGCCUUCCUUAUCAGAGAAAGUGAAAGUCAUAGAGGAGAGCUGUCACUCUCAGUGCUAGAUGAUGGAAAAGUGAAGCACUACAAGGUGCUAAGAAACCUUGAUGGAGAAUACUGCAUAGCGAAGAACCACACCUUUAGAACUCUUAAGGAUCUCGUUAAGCACUACUCCAGAGAUGCCGGUGGCCUUUGUGUGCGUCUCACCACGCCAUGUAAGAAGCUGCAAGCCCCACAGACUCACGGGCUCUCCUACGACACAGUGGAUAAGUGGGAGAUCGACCGCAAGAUGAUCAAACUCAUAAGGAAGCUGGGAAAUGGUCAGUAUGGUGAUGUCCAUGAAGGUCUCUGGAACAACACCACCCCUGUGGCAGUCAAAACCCCCAAACCAGGUACUAUGGAUCCCAAGGACUUCCUCAGAGAGGCCGCCAUAAUGAAGAAACUGCGGCAUCCCAAACUGAUCCAGCUCUAUGCCGUCUGUACGCUGGAGGAGCCUAUUUACAUCAUCACUGAGCUGAUGAAGAACGGGAGCCUGCUGGAGUAUUUACGGAAUGACCAAGGGGAUAAAAUUACCCUUUCAGACCAGAUUGAAAUGGCUGCACAGGUGACUUCUGGGAUGGCCUAUCUUGAGCAACAGAACUACAUCCACAGAGAUUUGGCAGCCAGGAAUGUACUGGUGGGAGAGAAUAACAUCUGCAAGGUGGCUGACUUCGGCCUGACCAGAGUCUUCCUGAAUGAUAAUGAUUACGAAGCAAAUGAGAACUGCAAGUUCCCGAUCAAAUGGACGGCGCCUGAAGUAAUCCAUUUCAAAAAGUGCAGCAUUAAAUCUGAUGUAUGGUCCUUUGGAAUCCUUCUGCAUGAAAUCAUGACCUUUGGGCAGAUUCCCUAUCCGGAAAUGACCAACAUGGAGGUGGUGCGGAUGCUCUCCAAAGGUUACAGAAUGUCCUGUCCGGCCUUGUGUCCAGACGCCCUGUAUAAUAUCAUGAAGGGCUGCUGGAAGGACGAGGCAUGUGACAGGCCCACCUUCGAGACGCUGCUGUGGGAACUGGAGGGCUUUUUUGAUAUGGACCCAACAUCUUAUUCUUAAAUCUGUGGAAGAAGCAAGUCAGCAAUGGAAACGAAUGCUACUAUGGGUAUCAACCAACAACAAUACAAUAACAAUAAUUACACAAGUUGACUUCAAAUGUUUAGGGAUGUGAUAUCCAGGUUAUUGUCCUGCAUUUGUUUCCCAGAGAAUUUAAUAUGUAAACUAAUUUUUUCAAGAAUAUAUUUUUUUUUCCCAAAUUUUCUGUUCAUUAAAAAUAUUCAAAAUCUCUUAUUUAAUUACAUUUGAAUAGUGGUGCAUGUUGAUUGUUGAAUGAUGUAUAGUGGAUUUAUUGGUUACUAACAUUGUACUGUGAAUUUAUUUUUUGUUUCUUUUUAAAUUUCUUUGCUGUAAUGCUUAUACCUGUAAUUGUAGUCUCGUGGUUCUCUUUUUUUAAAUAUGUAAAAUUAUGAUAUAUACCAAGAA